GAGGCAUCCUGCCGAGACGCCGUACCCCGCGCCCCCUUCCAUGCCGUACCCGAGCUCCUAUCAAAACGUCGCCGAGCACCGGGCAGCGAACAGCGGGGCCGCUGCGAAUCCGGGCGCGUCGGCUGAACCCGCGGAGCGCAUGCGGUGGAGCGUACCGCACACGGAGGUCGUGUUCGCGCGCCCGCGGACACCCGUGGCGCGGGACAGGACGAAGGACCGCGUGCUGCGGCAGAGCGGGGAUUUGAGCCUGACGGAGGCGUGGACGGCGUUCAUGUCGCAGAUGGACGUGCCCGGCGUCGGGGCGGCGCCUUCUGCGGGGAGGCCAGGCCGGGAGGGGCGGUGAACGGGCGCGCCUGGAGAUGGAUCGGUGCUCUAUUUCUGUUUCUGUUCUGUGUUUUCUCUUGGUCGAUUUUCGAUGUUUUGCCUCGCUUUUUUAUGUCGCUAUUCGCUGUCUGUGUCCGUGUCGUGUUGAUGUUGAGUCACCCGCAUGUUGUUGUUUCGCGCGCCUCGUAGUAUCAUACACUGCUAAUUUUGGUUAUGUAUAUACAGUACACGCCUGGGUGGGUGCGAUGUUUGUGUUCUUUUAUUGUACCUUUUAGAUCUUUGUACCCCUCAUUUGUAACUAUCGAUUAGAACAGGCAAUACUAUAGCACUACUACAGCGCGCAUCCAUUUC